GCUGGUUAUGGCAGUUUUGCACACAAGUUUUUGAGUUUGUGUAUGCCGGUCUGUUUUCUGAAUGGAAACAAGUCAAUCACGUAAAAAAGGCAAGAGUGAAUUGUGAGGUGAUCUGACGAGCAAAUCAACGGUGGUGGGUGGACUGCCUUUUCGCUGUCGCAGGCCCUAGGCUGCACUUGAAAGAGGAUGUACCCUUCAUGCCUCUGCCCACAGGGAUUGCUGCUCCGUCGUCAUCCUCACCUGAAAGCUCUGCUGAAGAAGACAGCUCGCGGACAACCUCUUCAAGAUUGAACUCCACAUGGAGACCUCUUGCUGUGAAAUCAAGGGUGAACCCGGCCCAUAAGUUUGAUAAGUACAGAGGCGGUUAUGAUAUCAGCAACUCCGACUACUGGGCUUCAGCUGUGUUUACAGGUGUUGUCGGAUUUGUGCUAGGUAUCGGCUGGUUUCUUGCGGCUGUAGUGCCCCUUAUAGUAGUAUGCUGCAGCCGUCGCGAAAGCGAGAGAACAGUGAAGAUCUUGCCUGAAUGGUCAAAGAAGAUGUAUUUUUGGCUUCCUGUCGGCCUGAUGGUUCUACUGUUGGGUAUGUCCAUUGCCGGUUCCUGGGUCUUAUUUUCAGGGGAUAAGAAAUUCGGGAGAAGGGCAAGGACGAUUGAACACGUCAUUCAAGAAGCUGCAUAUAAUGCAACACUCAAGGCAAAAGAUGUGUCGACAAGUCUGGGUGAAAUGGAGAGGAUCCUGCGGCCUGCAAAUGGGCAACUAGCUUUUCAAGUCCGGAAAGCAAAGGCCAAACUUGAUGAGCAGAGCAGACAGGCAAAUCAAAAACUGGCGAGGACAUUGCAAAAGGCAGACAGACUGCUACGUGCUCUGAAGAUCUGCCUGCUGGUGGCAACCUCGCUAGUUGUUGGUAUCGUGGCAGCUGGAGCAGUUGCUGUCCUUUGCAGGGUGAAGAGGCUAGUGUGCAUAAUCAUUGUGGUGGGAUGGAUUCUUGCAGCAUUGAUGUUCGUUCUCUUCGGCUGUUACACAGCCCUGUAUAAUGUUACAGAUGAUACCUGCGUUGCGAUGGAUGAGUAUGUGCAGCGGCCGGGCAACACAUCAUUUGAGAAGGUUAUCCCUUGUAUGAACUUGGAGUCGACACGUCAGGUUCUGAAAACGAGCAAGGGAGCCGUUCACAAAUUUGUGAGCGAGAUGAACAAAUUUAUCAAGUUCAAAAACUCUGGGGUAGCAUCCGUCUUUUUUCCAUCCGCAGAUAUCCCCGAUGUCUGCAGCCCCUUCGGUCCUCCUCCAGAUUAUCUUCCCACUCCUUGCGAGCCCGGAACCGCCAAUCUUCAAGAUGUCCCCAAGAUUCUAGAACCACUCAGGUGUGACAUAGACAACUUUGGGUCCUGUGUAAGGAAGAAAAGACCCAUCAUAAAGUCGGUGUACGAUAACAUGACGGCCUAUGCGGCUGCAGCUCAGAAAAUUGGAGUUGCAGUGCCACCUGCGGAGGAGCUUGCCAACUGUCAGUUUGUGACCGACACAUUCGAGAUCUUAGUGGAACAGCAAUGCGGGACAUCUAAAAAGGUUGUGCUGCAGAUGGCGUAUGGAUUCUUGUUAGUAUCCGUCGCAAUGGUGGGGCUAGUCCUUGCAUGGAUCCUAGCCCACAGGCACAUUGCAGAAUGGGGACAGUUCUCUGGCCAAGUUGCGGAGGAACUGAAGCCCGAUUCAACAUUGUCGUCGAGUGAUGGAGGCAGAGAUGGAAGCCGUGAGAGACUCGUCAGCGACAGUGGGUAUAUUGGUUCGCCAGCGACGACCGAUUCACCCAUGACGAGUGGAGGGGAGGGCCGGACGCCUAAGUUGGGAGUGUUAGGAAGCAGUGUCUCAAGUCCACUUCCCAUGAACUCCUUGAGGUGCGGACCUCGUCUACAUUCUAACGUCUUUCCGCAGUACAUGAAGCCCAUCUUGAACCUUCCACCCGUUCGCCGCAAGACCACACUGAAUCCCUGCAAGAGCGCGAACUUCUGACGCCUGACCGCCAUUCCAUUACUCGCAAAAGGAUUGUGGACAUCGGAGCGAAGAUCAACACCGUCCGUCAACAACUGCCAACUGCGAGACUGCGUCCAAGUUUGCCUAGCGCAGCUGAAACAGAGCACACAGGCAUGGAACUGGAGGGGCGUAAGUUUAUCUUAAACCGCCAGUACAUGCCAGCUAUCGGCCGCGGGCCCCCUUUCGGAGGCCACCCACCGCCGGUUUCAUUUUAUCUACGGUGCUCGGCAUCCUAAAUUUUUGGAGAGGCUCAAAACAGGUUCUCCAGUUGCCUGGGACCAUUACUGGUGGUUUAAAUGGGUGGAAAUUAGACACAGGGGUAAGUAACUGAAUCAAGGACAGACUGUAGUGACUCGUGAGACAUUUCUUCAACUACAGAUGUUCGGAUUAAGAUUGUGUGCGUGCAGCUUUGAUGUGAUAGGAUCUGGAUUGGGACGUGUAGGAGCAGUUGCGACGGUGGUGGUUAGCAGCAGCAGGUCUUAAGGCAGGGAGGGAGAUACCAAUGAUGGUUUAGCAGGUCUCAAUGCCCCGGGGGGACAUCAGAAUUGGGGAGGUUUGACAGCAGUUUAGAUAUGGUAGCAAUGAGUGGGUCGGAACGAGUCGCGAGUGUGUCAACGUGGGGGAGAUGCCGGCAGGAAUGCUGCGAUUGAGUCUUCAAGCGCACAGUUUGGAGUGACAGCUAUGUGCCUCUCUCUUUUAGGAUCUGAAAUGGAAAGGCUGGGACCGUGGCGCCCAGGGGGAGGUUGGACAUCAGUUCAGAUGGUAGCAAUGAGUGGGUCGGAACAAGUCGCGGGUGUGUCAAUGUGGGGGAGAUGCCUGCAGGAAUGCUGCGAUUGAGUCUUCAAGCGCACAGUUUGGAGUGACAGCUAUGUGCCUCUCUCUGUAAGGAUCUGAAAUGGAAAGGCCGGGACCGUGUCGCCUAGGGGGGCGGAAGAUGGGGAGAGUGAGGGCGAAGCUGAAUGACAGGCGCGGAGAUCGAUUCUUUGUACUUUUGUCCGUACUGCCUGGCAAGAUCUGGGUUGGUAAGUCAUAAGAGCUGGGAUUGUGACGCAAUUGGAUACGAGGAGACAAGGAGCGCACACAGUCACACAGUGUGACAGCCGGUUCUGAUUCCCUUGUUCAGGUUGUUGUAAAACCUACAAAUCUGGAGUCCUCCCGGACAACCUCUAAAAUUGGAAUGAUACAGAGAAAGAAGAUUUAGCAUGGGCCCAAAGCAAACAAAAAAAAGAAGAAAAG